GCGGCGCGGAGCUCGAGUGGGGCGGUUGGGCCCGCUGGCAGAAAUGGCUCAAGAAGAGAUGGAAGUUGAUCUCCAACCAGUGGCUGGUUACUCUGUAGAGAACCUCGGGACACUUCCCACAGAGCCCUCUGAUCACACAGCGCUGUCGUCCAGUGAUCCAGUACUCGGCGAAGGAGGAGGCAGGGUUACAGUUCCUCCUGCCGAUGACGCUGUUGUCAUACCAAAUGCUGGUGCAACAAGGGAAGCAGCUGCCGAGCCUGACCAGCAGUUGAGUCCUGCCUCAGCUCUCAACAGACUGCAAAGGCUACAAGGGCCAUUUGAUGCAUAUUGGCAGUUGCCAGUGCCGCAGGUUGCACAGCGUCCGCGAGUGAGGAGAGCUCGCAGGCAACAGAGAAUUGGCGGUUCCCAGAGGACAAUCAGUGCCAGGGCAGCAUUGGACAGUUACUUUCAACUCAGCAGGACCCAAGAGCCAGCUACAGGACCAGUUCUGCGCCUGGACCCUUCACAUAUCGCGAGGGACAACCAGCAACACAGCUCACACGAAGCGAUAGAAGUGAGCGACUCUGACAGCAGCACUUCUGCUGAGGAGGAAGAAGCGGUGGAGGCUGCAGCACCGCUGUUACCAUCAGCCCAGGAGACACCUCCAGCAGCUAGCUCAGGAGUUUCCAGUCAGGUCCAAGCAGAGCCAUCUCAAGCUUUGUCUCAAGCUUCUGCAGAACAUGGAAGUCGUGAAGAUGAAGAGGCUGAAGUGAAGCAAAAACAGAGAACUCCACUGAAGAAACUGGAGCCAUCAGUUCCUGUUGCACCACUGGAUGAGGAGGAAGGGGAUACCUGUGCAAUCUGCUUUGAGCAGUGGACCAAUGCUGGGGACCACCGUCUCUCAGCGUUGCGAUGUGGACACCUCUUUGGUUACACCUGCAUUGAAAGGUGGCUCAAGGGACAGGCAGGGAAGUGCCCCCAGUGCAAUAAGAAAGCGAAACGUUCUGACAUUGUGAUCCUGUAUGCUCGUACUUUGAAAGCGCUGGAUACCAGUGAACAGGAACGCAUGAAAAGCUCUUUAGAAAAGGAGCAGAUGUUGCGGAGACAGGCAGAGCUGGAAUCUGCACAGAGCCGUCUCCAGUUGCAGGUUUUGACAGAUGAAUGCAGCAAACUCCGCAAGCAAGUUCAGGAGCUGAAGGCUCUGGUGGCCCAGCACAAUGUGAGUGCUUCUCAGCAACCUGGCAGCUCCCGCACCCGCCUCCCAGGCUGCCUCCCCUCCAGCCAAAGCCAGCGCAAGUACCACUUGGAAAAGGUUUUUGUGGUGUCUCAGACCGGGAACUGCAGAGUAAUGGCGUACUGUGACUCGCUGAGUUGUCUCGUGGUAUCGCAGCCUUCUCCACAGUCUACUUUUAUUCCUGGUUGUGGUGUUAAGAUGAUGAGCGUGGCCAACCUGAAGAGCAGUCAGUACAUCCCCAUCCAUAGUAAACAGAUUCGGGGACUGGCUUUCAGCAGUCGAGCAGAUGGGUUGCUGCUCUCUGCUGCGCUGGACAACACUCUCAAGCUUACCAGCUUGGCAACAAAUAGUGUGGUGCAGACGUACAAUACUGGCCGUCCUGUCUGGAGCUGCUGCUGGUGUCUCGAUGAUACAAACUACAUCUAUGCUGGAUUAGUCAAUGGCUCUAUCAUGAUAUAUGAUUUGAGAGACACAAACUCUCACGUCCAGGAACUAGUCCCUCAGAAAUCCAGGUGCCCCAUGGUAUCGCUGUCCUAUCUGCCCCGGAUGGCCUCAGCAUCGCUGCCUUACGGUGGAAUAUUAGCUGGGACCUUGGAAGGAGCCUGCUUUUGGGAACAGAAAGCCGGCAACUCCUACCGGCCUCAUCACCUGCCGCUGGAACCCGGAGGAUGCAUCGAUAUUCAAACAGAGAUCAGCACACGGCACUGCCUCGCGACAUACAGGCCUAGUAAAAAUAACCCAUGCGUGCGCUGUGUGAUGAUGGAACUGACCUCCAGCCCACUGACGGAGACCUCUGAAGAUGUGGUGUGUUCUUCUCACCCGGUUCAGACUUUCAGCGCUGGGCCCACCUGCAAGUUGCUGACCAAGAAUGCCAUUUUUCAGAGCCCAGAGGAGGAUGGCAGUGUCUUUGUGUGUGCUGGUGAUGAAGCAUCUAAUUCUGCCCUGCUAUGGGAUGCUGGAAGUGGCUCCUUGCUGCAGAAGCUGCAGGCUGACCUGCCAGUGCUGGAUAUCUGCCCCUUGGAAGUGAACCAAACCCACUUCCUGGCCACGCUGACGGAGAAGAUGGUGAAGAUCUACAAGUGGCAGUGAGAGUGGUCCCCAUGCCUGCCACAGAGAGGCUUUCCAAAUAUGCUGCUCGUUACCCCUACACAAUCGCUCGGUCCUGGACUGCUGUCCUGCAUGUGCUGCUCACAGGAGACAGGAACUGCUACAGCACCUUUCUCGCAGCAGAUGGGAACUGGGACGCGCUGGUGCCUGGAGCAAUUCCCUUCUUCCUUUUUAGGUCUUAUUUCCUCUUUGGUCAAUUUUCUUCAAGUGAAACUCCGCAAGCUGCUUCAGCACAGCAAUAAUUCUCACACUGUCUUCAUCAUGCGUUGCUAUACUUUUUUCCAGCGUGAAUAUGCACAGGACCUUGCAAAUCUCUUCUGUGAAUCAACAAAAUAAGACGAGCUUGAAGACCUGAGACUCCCACUGCACUUUCUCGCGUUGGCAUCUCGCUAGCAUUGCCGAUACUCGGUGUAAAAGCAAGUUUGCUGCUUGGGAGAACGUACUCCUGUAUUCUUUUGAAGGUCUAGGGUCAGUUGGCAGUUAUUCCCUGAUGAGGACAGACCCUGUUUUGUGGCCAUGGAGAGAACAAGCUUGGAAAAUCUACAGAGAACCUUUCUCUUUGGUGGCAUUUUUUUCCUUGAGCAUAUAAUUUGCACUGUAAUUCCUUAAUUCUCUGCCCUCGUUUCCUUCCCCUUUUCCCUGCUUUACCCACAAGCAAACUUGGACAGUUUGGUUCUGGAAAGUGAAAACUAUGGAAGUACAGGUAAAGAGGAAAAGGUGGUUCCUGUACUGUUGGCUGCUGAAGUCCACAGCGUCAUUCCUUAAAGACAGCCAGUACCUUGGAAAAGAAUGCUGGCUGCUUAUUUUUGUUUGGUUUUAAUUUUUUCCUUCCCUUUAAGGAACUAGUGGAAACUCAGGGGUUUUACCAGCUCGCUUUCACUGACCUUUUGCCUUUCUUUAAAUCAUAGUUGCCAGCUCAGCGGCUGGUCACAGCCCGCUUCCAGUUGUAUUUGCAGGCAAGUGUGCUGCAGACUCGCUGGCUGACGUAAAUCUGAGCCCUUCGGGUGGGAUCGCAGGGAUGUGCUGGCCAGGUACAGUGGGCUCUUGGCCAUAAAUAUGCUGAGGGGUGUGAGAGUGUUUAUCUCCAGGUCAGAUCACGAAAGAGGACUUAAGUUUCAUUUUAUAUUGAACGAAAACAAACUCGCAAGGAUGUUGGAAGCUGCAAGACGAGUUCCCUGUGCUGGAAAUGUAUCCCUAUGCACAGCUCUGGCCAUGGUAAGCAGCAUCCGUCCUGUUUGGAUUGAGCGUGUCACCGCUUAAACCGCCGGAACAAUUUUAUUUUCUGAAGUCUGGGGCUGGCACAGUAUGAUCCUGUUUGUCUUCCCUCUUAAAAAUGAGAUUGAG